AUGCCCCGCACCAUCCGUCGCCCAAAGAAGAUUCUGUAUCUCUUCGCCAUCCUCGCGCUCCUGUACUGGUUUGGCGUUCGCCAUGGUCUUGGCGUCGAACGUGCACACCCGCUCCCUCUGGGAUUCGCGCCAGAGCACGGAUCCCGCCAUCGCCCGCGUACCAUGAACAUGGCACGUAACGGUCUCGCGACUCUGUUGCCGACGCGUCGCGGCACGGUCCCAGAACAUCCAUUCUAUGAGCUUAUGGAAUCGGCCGAGGAGAAGUGGCGCGACCUGCUCCGCCGGCAAUCCAAGACGGUCGUCGAGGCGACAAAAGUCUACAAGCGCCGGUACGGCAUCGACCCGCCCGAGGGCUUUGGCCAGUGGUUUGAGUGGUGCUUGGUGCACAAUGUCCAGCUCGUGGACGAGUACGACCUCAUGAUGCGCGACGUCCUCACACACCAUGCCCUUGAGCCCAAGACGUAUGUCAACCGCACCCAGAUCAUCCACGACCAGCCCUUCACCUACACCAUUGGCGUCAUCGACCGCAAGGUCUCCCUCACCGGUCCGCGCAAGACCAGCCCCCGGCCCAAGAAGCUGGCCGCCAUGCUCGAGGGCUUUGUGGCCGACUUGCCUAACAACAUCAAGGUGACAAUCAGCGGUAGCGACCACGACGUGUCCAGUGUCAUUCUUGCAAAGGACCAGCGCAAGCGUGCCAUGGAGCUGGCCCACAAGGGAGGCCACUUGACCCCCGCCGAGCUCAAGCGUUUUGAGGACCCCCGCCGAACCCCGGCAUGGGGAUGGUUCAAGGCGUGCCCUCUUGACUCGCCUGCCAACAUGCGCUCCGAGGCCGAGUACCGGAAUGACGGAGCCAAAUCGUUCAUCUACGACCACGUUGCCACCAUGGACAUUUGCGAGUUCCCCUCGCUCAAGCUUCUCCACGGUGCGCUGUGCCACGACCGCGAGGACCGUUCGCCGUCGUACAUCAAGCCGUGGAUCGUCCACUCCAAGCUGCCGGGCGACGCCUCGUUCCUUCUCCCUCCCAUUGAGGGAUUUGGCAACAUGACCGAAAAGGACAUCAAGGGCCUGGGUCGCUGGGAGGACAAGUUGGACCCCCGCAUGCACUGGCGCGGAACUGCGACGGGUGGUAUGUGUGCCGACAAUGACUGGCACGACUCGCACCGCCUCCGCCUGCACCUCAUGUUCAACGGCAAGAAGGGCAAUGACACCGAGUGGGCCGCCGGGUCGCGCGCCAUCAUGCAGCCCGACGGCCGCGGCGGCUACGAGCAGGUCGAGCGCCGUUCACCCCAACUUGCCAAAGCCUACGGCGACGUCAGGCUUGCGGGCGGUGCGAUCCAGUGCCCGACUGAACAGAUCUGCGCCGAAGUAAAGUCGGAGAUUGACUUUGCACCCGUUGUCUUGCCCAAGAACACCUGGAUGUUCCGGUACGCCCUCGACGUGGACGGUAACGGCUGGUCGGAGCGUUUCCACCGUCUGCUGGCGAGCGCGAGUCCCGUGCUCAAGAUGACCAUGUUUGCAGACUGGCACAUGGACCGCCUGAUCCCCUGGUACCACUACAUCCCCAUCCAGCCCGACUAUUCGGACAUGUACGACGUUCUCUCGUUCUUUAUUGGACCCAUGCACGAGGACGGUACGAUCGACCACUCCAAGGGCCACGACUACCUGGGACAGAAGAUUGGCCGCGCAGGCCAGGACUUUGCCCUCAACCACUGGCGCUGGGUCGACAUGCAGGCUUACAUGUACCGCCUCAUCCUCGAGCUGAACCGCCUCGAGUCGCUCGACCGCGCUUCGAAGAGCUACACCAUGGAGCAGGCCAUGGGCGACUUGGAAGCUAAAGACGGUAAAGCAAAGGCCGCCAACGCGCCCCAAUAG